AUGUCUCACCACUCACCUCAGUCCUCGGCUGGUGUUGGUCCUUCCUCAAGCCCCUUUGGCGGCACAGACCCUACCUUGUACUCCCCUGAGCUCGUCCGAGAUGCUCGCUCCGGCCAUCGCCGCAACAACAUCAGCCAGGUCACCGUCGUUGCCGCCGGCAAGCAGCCCGUCCGCGAUGUCGACGCCGUCUCCAGCAAGCACAAGAGCAUUCUUCCUCUCCCAGCUCCUUAUGUCGAGGGUGCUUUCGCCAAUGAGGUGUCCGAGGACGACAUGACCUACAUCUCUCGCUACCAGUUCGUCUCUCAGCUUCCCGAUGGCACCAACGCUGGCUUGGAAUCCGAGCAUGAGAUCUUCAACGUCCAGCAUCAGAUGAAGCUGUAUGCUUGCUUCUCCAACUGCGUGCCCUUCUACGCUCGUGGUGUCCACCUUCGCUAUGACAACCUCCACGACGCCGCUGAGGCCAAGGAAAUCCUCCAGCAGCACGAAUUCACCGUCCACUACAUUUCUGGCUACGAAUUCGCCGUCGCCAAGUCGCAGGAUACCGCUCAGCUCAACGAGUUCGAAGGCCAGAUCAAGCUCCCCAUCAUGAUCGAAGCCAACCCAGACUACGCCGUCUGGGAGUUCACCUCUGAGGAUCUUGCUGGACUCAUCAAGUCUGUUGAGAUCACCGCUGCUGUCUUCGGUGCCGUCCGCAACUGCAUCCAUGUCGAGACUGUUGAUACCAAGAUGGUCUUGGUAUUCCGUAUCGAGUAUCACUCCAUCGACGACGCCAAUCGUGCCGUUCAGUCCUUGGCUACUGAUCCGGUCUGGGGUAUGAGCAACGGCAAGACCUAUCAGUGGUGCACUGCCAACCCCUCUCACUGGGUUGGUGAGCGCGCAUUGAACUCACCCCACCGCACCAAGCCUCGCGUCGAUGAGGAGGGUCGCUUCGUUGGCUAUCGUCGCAUGCCUGACCGUUACUCUGGUGCCUCGUUCUAUCGUCAUCCUCACGACCAGCACAACCGUGUCCGCCGCGACCGUAUCCUUGAUGGCAGCGACGUUCGAACCACCGUCAUGCUUCGCAACAUUCCGAACAAGUUGGACUGGAUGUCCCUCAAGUCCAUACUCGACGACAUCUGCUUCGGUACUUACGACUUCAUGUACCUUCGUAUCGACUUCAAGUCUGGUUGCAAUGUUGGCUAUGCCUUCAUCAACUUCUCCGAUGUCCACGGCAUGAUCGCCCUCAUCGACCGUAUCGAGCGUCGUUGCUGGAUAGGCUUCCAUUCAACCAAGUCGGCAGAGAUCUCUUACGCCACCAUUCAGGGUCGUGAGGCUCUGGUCCAGAAGUUCCGCAACUCUUCUGUCAUGCAGGAGACGCCGUUUUGUCGUCCGCGCCUCUUCUUCACCUACGCCGACGCCGAGAUCAUGAGCCAGCUUCGCAACACCGGCACAGAGCAGGCUUUCCCUCGUCCCGACAAUCUGUCCAAGCUCCAGCGAUCCAUGGAUAGCGCUCGUAGCAUCGGCCUCUACCCUCCUCAUGGAUACUCUACCAUCACUGAGCACCGCAACCGCUCGAGCAUCUACGACCGAGGUACCCCUCGCGAUAUGCUGGAUGCCGCUAUGACUUACGCUCGUCAGCAUGCUGCUCCCUUUCCGUUUAGGGGCAUGACCGAUGACAAGAAGCGCGAGAUCGAGGUCUGGUACUCUUACACCUGUGGUCGUGGCCAGUGCGGAUACAUCCCCUUCGACUACAUCCCCAUGACCCACGUCGCUCAAUACUUUGUGGAGAAUCCUUUUCCGACUUCUCCACAGGUCCCCGGCGUCAUCGGCGGCAACAAGCAUAGCCCUUAUCCUGGCGACCUUGCGUCGGCUGGUGACACCUCUCCCACUCGGGGUCCUCGCGUGUCUCGCUCUGCUCGUCCCCGCUCUGCUCGCGGCUUCCACGACUUCAUGACCAACCCCUUCAUCUGA